AUGGGGAUACAGUCGGAACUCUCAACAGAUUCCGGCUGGAGUGCCAAAAUACGGCCGGAGAGAAGGAAUACGUACGCGUACGUCGUCUCCCACCUGGACGAGAAGUACGCAAAUGAGGUCGACGACAUCAUCACGAGCCCACCGGCCGAGAACCCCUACUCGACACUCAAGGCUGCCCUCAUCAAGCGCGUGUCCCUGUCCGAGGAGCAACGCGUCGAACAGCUUCUCUCCGGUGAGGACAUCGGCGACCGCAAGCCGUCACAGUACCUACGGCACUUGCGCUCCCUUGCCGGCUCCGCCCUCAGCCAGGACCGGCUCAUCCGGACUAUUUGGCUGCGGGGGCUCCCGGCCAACGCUCAGGCCAUCCUGCAGGUGCUGCCAGCCACCUUGCCCCUGGACGACCUCGCCGAAACCGCCGACAAGAUCGUCGCCGUGCAGCCCAACCUAGCCCCGGCCGUGCACGCCGUCGCCCCCAAGGCCCCGGAACAGCUUGACAGCCAGCUCACCGAGCUCCGCAGCCUCAUCUCCUCCAUGCAGUCCGAGCUCCAGCCCGUCCCCACGCCCACGUGCCAGCCAAAGCAACACCGUCUGCUGGUACCACAGCCGCUUCGGGGCCAACUCGAAGAAGUGCCAGGCGCCCUGCAACUACCAGGGAAACGCCCACGGCAGCCAGUAGUGGCGGCGUCAGGCUGCCGGGACAUUUCAAGCCGCGUCAUCAUCAGGGACCGCACCACCAACAUCAAGUACCUCGCCGACUGCGGGAGCGACGUGUGCUGCUGGCCCAAGCGGUUCCUCAAAGACAACCGCCGUCAAGUGCCCUUCGCCCUGAAGGCCGCGAACGACUCCACCAUCGCUACCUACGGCACUCUGCACGUCUCCCCCGACCUCGGACUUCAACGCAAAUUCAGCUGGAAUUUCCUUGUCGCCGACGUCAACAUGCCCAUCCUCGGCUCCGACUUCUUGGCGUACUACGGGCUCCUCCCUGACUGCCGCAACAAACGACUCAUCGACUCCACCACGGGCCGCAGCGUCGCCGGCGAGAACAACAGCGUUCACCAGCUGAGCGUCCGCGUCGCCUCUGUGCCACAAUCAUCGCCAUUCAGCAACAUCCUGGCCGAGUUCCCAGAGUUGACCAAGCCCUCGGGAGCUCCCCGCCAGGUGCGCCACUCAACUGAGCACCACAUCAGAACGACACCCGGGCCCCCCGUGUCUGCGCGACCACGCCGCCUCGCCCCGGAUCGUUUCCACGCCGCCAAGGGCGAGCUGGACACCAUGGUGCAGCACGGCAAGGCCCGACGCUCCGAGAGCCCCUGGUCAUCACCUCUCCACAUGGUGCCCAAGAAGGACGACUCCUGGAGGCCCUGCGGCGACUACCGCGCUCUUAAUGCCAGGACCAUCCCGGACAGGUACCCUGUCCGCCACAUCCACGACUUUUCCCACCGGCUCCGCGGCUGCACAGUUUUCUCGGUCAUCGACCUCCUCAAGGCCUACACCCAGAUCCCUGUCCACCAACCGGACAUUCCUAAGACAGCAAUCACCACGCCGUUCGGCCUGUUCGAGUUCCCGUUCAUGUCGUUCGGCCUCCGCAACGCCGGCCAGACCUUCCAACGUUUCAUUGACGAGGUGGUCUCCGGACUGGACUUCUGUUUUCCGUACAUUGACGACAUCCUGGUGUACUCCCGCUCCAAGGAGGAACACGAGCAGCACCUGCGCACCCUGUUCAAGCGCCUCGCCGACUACGACAUCCUGGUCAACGCCAGCAAGACCGUGCUCGGAGCAGACCAUGUCUGA